AAUCACGGCGUAACUCUUCAAACAAAACUGAUUUGACUGCGAUUAAAUCAGGGAAAAGACCUGCAAAAUGUUGCGGACAUGAGAUAUAUGAUACCACAGAGAAGUAUUCGCUUCCGAGAGAAUGGAUGUUUCUGGUUUUCUAGAAACCGGUCAUGCAGCAGAUAAGCUUUACAUUGAUUUCAACAAAUUCAAUGAGUCCUCUGCAAAUCUACUUGAUUUUCUGGGGGACGCCAUUGUUUCUGGAAACGAAAUCGGACUCACCAACAUAAGCAGACUGAACGGUUACAACGUAACGUCGAGCCUAGGAAGAGUUGUUUACAAACAGACAAUUUCCCUAUGGAAUGCAAAUUUCACAACACAUUUUCAAUUCCUCAUGAAACAAGGCGCUCAUCCGCACGGCGAGGGAUUGGCUUUUUUCUUUGCAUCUCCAGAGUGGGGUGAACACAUUCCCUACAAAUCAGAUGGAGGAGGCCUAGGGCUUUUUAGUCACAACGAAAAAGAUGGCCAUGACAUCAAUGAGGGCAAAACCUCUAAUCAGGUUGUGGCUGUUGAAUUCGACACGUAUAUGAAUGCUUGGGAUACACUUAGAGAUAACCAUGUGGGAAUUGACGUCCACACUAUUGUUUCUGCUCAAAGUGUGGCAGUAAAGCAAUCUAUGAAUGAUGGAGAAAUCUGGGAUGCCUGGAUUGACUAUGAUGGCGAACAAAAUAAGCUGCUAAUUUUUCUCUCAAAUAGCUCAAAUGGCGUAAAACCAGAGGGCAACAAUCCUCUUUUGUCAUAUGAUAUAGAUUUGAGGGCAUUUUUGCCUCGAGAUGUUAUGAUUGGCUUCUCAGCUGUCUCUUACAGCUCAACGGAGACUCAUCAGUUGAUUUCAUGGAGCUUCAGUAGCGUAUGUUUCUCUGGUAAGAAAAGGAAUUGGUUGAAAUGGGUGCUUGUAAUUGUUUCUGUCUCUUUCGUUGCAGCCAUCCUGUUGUGCGCUCUUCUUUGUUGGGUUUACAUUAGAAGGAACCGAGCUUCAAAGCAGAUGGAUGAGCAGAUAAAUAGGCAGUGUGACGAUGUUCAAGGUUACCGCAGAUUUACAUACAGACAGUUGAAAACAGCCACAAUGAAGUUCAGCGAAAAACGGAAACUUGGGCGUGGGGGUUUUGGCGAUGUGUACAAAGGGGUGCUGUUGAAAACAAGUGAAAUUGUGGCAGUGAAACGCAUGUCUGAGGGCUCCAACCAGGGGAAGAAGGAAUAUAUUGCAGAAAUAAAUACGAUUACUCGUCUGAGACAUAGGAAUCUGGUGCAGCUGUUGGGAUGGUGCCAUGAGAAAGGAGAACUCCUCUUGGUUUACGAAUACAUGCCCAAUGGGAGUCUGGAUAAUUUUCUUUUUGGGAAAAGAAGAGGAGAGCUGGGUUGGGCGCGCAGGCAUAGGAUUGCUUGUGACAUUGCUUCUGCUCUGUUUUAUCUCCAUGAGCUAUGGGACCAACGUGUUGUGCACAGAGAUGUUAAGUGCAGCAAUAUUAUGCUGGAUUCUCACUUCAAUGCAAAGCUGGGAGACUUCGGAUUGGCUCGCCUGGUGAACGAUGAUAGGUGGUCACAGACAACCACACUAGCAGGGACGUUGGGAUACAUUGCUCCAGAAUGUGCAAUCACAGGAAAAGCCAGUGCAGAAUCAGAUGUCUUCAGUUUCGGUGCAGUUGCUCUGGAAAUUGCUUGCGGAAAGAAGGUGAUUAGUUUCAUCUCGGAAGAUUGCAACAUGCGGCUUGUGGAGUGGGUGUGGGAUUUGUAUGGGAAAGGGAGAUUAUUGGAUGCAGCAGAUGCUGGUUUAAAUGGAGAGUUUAACAGAGAAGAAUUGGAGCAGCUCAUGCUAAUUGGAUUGUGGUGCUCUUACCCUGAUCAUGCGGUGAGACCUAAAAUGAGACAGGUGCUUCAGAUCUUAAACUUUGAAGCCCCACUGCCCCAUCUUCCUCCUAAAAUGCCUGUACCAGUUUAUUCCCCUUUUCAACAGGGUUUCUUCUCUGAGAUAAUGUUUUCAAGAUCAGAUUGUCCUCCACCUUUCACCACUUCCUCACAGGAGAUGGCUGUAUUUUCUUCCUCUAUUUCUGCAGAUCAACCAACCACUUCCACAUACCUUCUAGGCCAUUGAGCUCAACCAUAAGUAUGCCCAAAUCUACGUUGUAAUGUAGUUAUUGUAAAUAUAGCUGAACAUCCAGCCAAAAUCUAGGGGUUAGACUUAGCAGCACUUGCAUUGUACCAGUCAUUUUUGAAUAAAUAGAUUUGGGGUUCAUUUGUGA